AUGUCUCUCUACCCAUCAAAAUUGGCAGCGACAGUCUUGAGGUCAAUAAAUUUUAUCGUAAUAGGUAAAAAAAGUGCAGAUUAUAACCAUCUCCUGCCAUUCGGCAGUGAAAGCGAGGACGACGAUUUCGAUGAGAAAGAGAGCCUUGUUAUUAACCAAACAUCUGUCCCGGAAGUAAGUAUAAGCGACACCAAGCGGUCCUCCCCAACACUUCGGAAUGGAAACGGAUACGUCUUCAGUUCCUCACAUAAGGGUUCAGCUCGUGAGAACUGCUGCUCUCCUACAACAGUUGCGACGAUAUUCGCUCUCAUGUUGCUUUCUGUUGGAGUUGGAUACAUAGCAGGGUUCUUCACACCCAUAUCUUCAUUACCAUUUCAACAUCAUCACGGACAAUCUCCCGAGUCAGAACAUAAAGUACACAAGCGAACAGCAGACUGGAGAACCAAGCUAUCGGACUAUGGUACAGAAUCUUGUAUCCGAUUGGUGGACGCCGACGGCGACGGUAUACUGGACGUCAUUGCAGGAAUAGCGGUCGGCAAGGACGUCAGUAUGAUGAUCGUCGAGUCCAGCAUGGACACGUUCUGCAAAAAUAUCGGUAUGAAGGAGCCAUGCGCAGGUGGCGUGGUCGCCCUUAGAGGGUACGAUGGGAAACUACUAUGGAAGGUGGACGCAUACUCCGAGGUGUUUGGUCUGAACUGUCACUCCGUAGACGUCAAUCAGGACGGUACACCCGACUGUAUAGCGACCGGAAGAUUAGGAACCAUAAUGGCCGUCGACGUCACUAAAGGUACCGUUCUAUGGCGAGAGAGUUCUACUUAUGUAAACCGUGGCUGGAAUAUAUAUAGCAUCGCCGUCAUACCCGAUAUGGACAACGACAAAGUAAACGAUAUCGUCAUCGCUCACGGAGGCGAUCCCACUGUCCCUGCUGAAGUUCACGUGAGAAAUGCAGGCUGGCUGAUGAUGAUCUCGGGACGGACGGGCUUGGCGAUAGGAACUCACUUGGAGGUACCGGAAGAUAAGGAAGUCUACAUCUCGCCCGUCCUACAUGAGCGACGAGAUGGUUCCCAGUACAUUUUGUAUGGAAGUGGUGGCGAGACAGUUGGAGGGUUGUUUCUGGCUAUCUCCCUUCCGGACAUGUACCGACACGUUAUGGGGCUCCCUAAGGGUAGUCUAGUCCGGAACACACGUGGGGCGUACGACCAGUGGGGGUUCCGAACACCAAGCGACAAAGGCGAGAUUGAGUUGUUCAGGAGCGACGAGAAAGGCGUCAUGGUCCCUCCCGUACUGGUGGACGUCAACAAAGAUGGCGUCAAUGACAUACUGAUGACGGGAUUUGACGGUACCAUGGCACUAUACGACGGGGAAAAUUUACAAGUCAUGUGGAAAAUAAAAUUCGAGGAGAGAGAAUCUUACAGUUCACCGGCGCCUGGUUACUUUAACGACGAUGACGUCAUCGACUUCAUGGUCCAUUGGAGCAAGGGAGCAUGGCCAUUUUACAAUACCACGGACGACAUCAUUAUAGACGGGAAGGACGGGGCUGUUCUGUGGAAUAUGACUUCCGGUAGAUAUGACGUUUCCUCUGACCUCACGGCACGAUCCUCUGCACACAACAGGGACGUAUUUUUGUACAAAGUUCAAGGUCGAAAUGGUGAGGACCCUCAACACGCUGGAGCUGUCCACGGGGCAACUGGUAUCCAGAGAGUGAUCAACAGACGGUCUCUGCGCGAUGGUACCUCCUUUCUAGAGGAAACUAUCGUAGAUGAGUCGAAUGCAGACCUAGAGGGCGUUUUAGUCGACAGCGGCCACUUCCGGUCAAAGAGGCGCGUGAUUGACAAGGAUUAUGUAGAAUGUGAAUCAGACCAGACCGUUUUCCUAGCAGAAUUAUUUGCUUUGGACCGAACAACAAUGAAAGCCCCGAUCAAACUGUGGGAACGAGGCUCUGAGAAAUUCUUCUACAAAUUGACAGGAAGUGACGAGAAGUUGGUGGAAGAUGUAAAGAAAAUUUAUGGGGAGAACCACACAAUGACUGAAAACGAGGUUCCAUGGUCACGUGGCAAAAGGGAUUCUGAAAAACCGUUUUGUAUCCUCAAACAACCGGAUGAACGAACAACAGGCGCCAUCGGUGACGUUGAUGGCGACGGGAAAUUGGACUUGAUUAUAAACGUAGUGAGCGUUGGGAUACUUCGAGAUAAAUACGCACACUUCGUCAAAAUGAAGUUCGACACCGACUUUUAUAAGGUUAAUCUGGAGGAGGCCCUCGCGCGCCAGUUAUACACGCCUAUUAACGCCACCGUCCAUCCACGCAUGCGCAAUGUCCUGAACGAAAACAAAAUUACUACAUUAAAGUUCCUUCCUGCUGAUAAGCAAAUUUGGGGAGGAUACAUGGGGUCAACAGGAGAUAGCACCUUCCGCGAGGUGUGA